AUGGGAAGCAGCUCUGAUUCAGAGUCGGAUAUCAGUGAUUCAGAGAUUAAUGAAUACGUUGAAAAACCUUAUGAGGAACUGAAGGCUGGUGUUUACAAAGUGACGGGCCGAAAUGGUACCCUUAGGUGCCCUUUCUGCGCUGGAAAGAAAAAACAAGAUUACCAGUACAAUCAUCUUUUUCAACACGCCAUUGGAGCAGGCAAAGGCUCUUCCAACCGAAGUGCAAAGCAGAAGGCAAACCAUCUUGCAUUGGCUAAGUACUUGGAAACUGACCUAGCUGACAAGGCGGAACCACUUCCCCAGCAUGUGGUUACACCUGCACCUGCUGUUAAAUCUGAGCAGAAUGACUUGUACUGCUGGCCUUGGACGGGAAUAAUUAUUAACAUACUGAAUGAGCCGAGCAAUGGACAAAGUGUGGAUAGCAGUGGAUACUGGUUGGAAAAAUUUUCCAGGUACAAGCCUUUAAAGGUUGAGAUUUUCUGGGAUCUCCAAGAGCACACAGCACAAGCUGUAUUACAAUUUGAUAAUGAUUGGAGUGGGUUUAAGAAUGUCAUGUUGUUCGAAAAGUUUUUUGAAGCUGAUGGUCAUAGUAAGAAAGAAUGGGAUGAGCGUAGAACUUCUCCUGGUUCAAAUAUAUAUGGCUGGUUUGCUCGUGAAGAUGAUUAUAAUUCAGAAGGGGCAGUGGGAGAUUACCUUAGGAAAAAUGGAGAAUUAAAGACAAUCGCUGACAUUGUCGAGGAAGCAGCUAAAGACAAGGAAAAAAUCGUGGCUAAUCUAGCCAAUGAGAUAGACAUGAAAAAUGAAAAUCUGGAUCACUUGCAGAUCAAGUACAAUGAAAAGGCAAUGUCCCUUAGUAGGAUGCUUCAAGAGAAAGACAUACUUCACCGUCGUUUCGAUGAAGAAACAAGGAAGCUGCAACGUGAUUCACGGGAGCGUGUAAGGAGAGUUUUAGAUGAACAGGAGACGUUAAACAUAGAGUUGGAAAACAAGAAAAGACGACUUGAUUCAUGGAGUAAAGAACUGAACAAACGCGAGACCUUGACGGAACGCGAGAGACUGAAACUUGAAGAGGAGAAAAAAAAGAAUGAUAUGAGAAAUAAUGCACUUCAAAUGGCUUCGGAGGAGCAAAGAAAAGCUGAUGAAAAUGUCCUGAGGCUAGCAGAAGAACAUAAGAAAGAGAAAGAGGAAGCUCUGAAAAAGGUUCUCGAGUUAGAAAAGAAUCUAGAUGAGAAGCAAAAACGAGAAAUGGAAAUUGAAGAAUUAAAAGGAAAACUAGAGGUGAUGAAGCAUCUGGGAAAAGAUGAUGCAGCUGUCCAGAAAAAGAUAAAGGAGAUGGAUGAGCAGCUGGAGGAGAAAAUUGAGGAAAUGGAUAAUCUUGAAGAUUUAAAUCUACAAUUGACUGUCAAGGAGCGCACUAGUAAUGACGAGCUACAACUGGCUCGUAAAGAAUUAAUAACGAGUUUGCGUGAGAUGCUAAGUAGCAGUCGCGUUAAUAUUGGGCUAAAGAUGAUGGGAGAAGUCGAUGAGAAAGCGUUCAAGAAUGCAUGCAAUCUGAGAUUCCCACCUGAAGAAGCUGAGAUAAAGGCCCUUGAACUUUGCUCCCUAUGGCAAGAAAAACUGAAAAAUCCUCAAUGGUACCCUGUCAAAGUCACCACAGAUGACAAGGGAAAUCCUCAGGAAAUAUUGAAUGAAGAUGAUGAAUUGCUAAGAAACCUUAAGGAUGAAUGGGGGGACGAAAUUUAUGAUGCAGUUACUAAAGCCUUCCGUGAAAUGAAUGAAUACAACCCAAGUGGUCGACUCUCAAGCGCAAGAGAUGAGUUCUGGAAGCAGCUGGAGUGGUAA